UGGCCCUGGGGCAGCAGUACUCGUCUCUGGGCUCCCAACCCAUCCUGUGCGGCUCCAUUCCUGGCCUGGUGCCCAAGCAGCUGCGUUUCUGCCGCAACUACAUCGAGAUCAUGCCCAGCGUCGCCGAGGGUGUCAAGCUGGGCAUCCAGGAGUGCCAGCACCAGUUCAGGGGCCGCCGGUGGAACUGCACCACCAUCAAGGACAACCUGGCCAUCUUCGGCCCCGUGCUGGAUAAAGCAACCAGAGAGUCGGCGUUCGUCCACGCCAUCGCCUCGGCGGGCGUCGCCUUCGCGGUGACUCGCUCCUGCGCCGAGGGCACGUCCACCAUGUGCGGCUGCGACUCCCACCACAAGGGGCCUCCGGGCGAAGGCUGGAAGUGGGGCGGCUGCAGCGAGGACGCGGAGUUCGGGGUGCUGGUGUCCAGGGAGUUCGCGGACGCCCGAGAGAACCGGCCGGACGCCCGCUCGGCGAUGAACCGGCACAACAACGAGGCGGGACGCACGACUAUCCUCGACCACAUGCACCUGCGCUGCAAAUGCCACGGCCUGUCCGGAAGCUGCGAGGUGAAGACCUGUUGGUGGGCGCAGCCGGACUUCCGCAUGCUUGGCGACUACCUGAAGGACAAGUACGACAGCGCCUCGGAGAUGGUGGUGGAGAAGCACCGCGAGUCGCGAGGCUGGGUGGAGACCCUGCGAGUCAAGUACGCCUUCUUCAAGCACCCGACCGAGCGAGACCUGGUCUACUACGAGGGCUCGCCAAACUUCUGCGAGCCGAACCCGGAGACGGGCUCGUUCGGGACGCGCGACCGGGUCUGCAACGUGUCGUCGCACGGCAUCGAGGGCUGCGACCUCCUGUGCUGCGGCCGAGGCCACAACACCCGGACUGAGAAGCGCAAGGAGAAGUGCCACUGCAUCUUCCACUGGUGCUGCUACGUCAGCUGUCAGGAGUGCGUUCGCGUCUACGACGUGCACACAUGCAAGUGAGAGGCCGGUGCUCGUAGACAAACUGACUGCUGGACCUUCAACUCCCCACCUCCUGCACGACUUCCCCGCUUCCCCAGACACAGACUUGCACACAUUCAGAAAUAUAUUCAUCUGCACACACUCUCUUGCCCUAAUGGGUAAUGGAACAUCAGAAAUGGAUGCUUCUAUACAUUUUUUUGGUACACACCCUGCACUAGAAUCCAAACCACUACGCCGAUUUCCAUAAUCUCUGACCAGAAUGUGUCCUGCGUUGACCCGGCCGACGGUCCGGUCCACUCUUACGGGAAGAAGUUGUGCCACUUACCCCCCGCUGAGAACCCCCUUCCCUCCCUUCCCCCUUUUGUCUUUAUUUAUUUCCCCCCUCCAUGCCAGCACAAUGUUUGUGGCAUGUACAGUAACACUUUUUACCUGUGAGAUUAAAGCAGUAAAAAAACAAAACAAAACAAAAAAAAAAAGAGACUCUCUUAGCUUUUGAAUAAAAAGCAUCUUCUAACUAACACCUCACUUCUCCGGCCAGUCUGGCUGGUUUACCUUUUUGUUGUUGUUGUUGUUUUUUUUUUAAACUAAACCAACCUCUACUCCAUCACUUAGUCUUAAGUGAUACUGAACACGUCGGCAGCCCCAGGAAACCAUCACUUUGUAACUACUGAACUGAACUGAAAACGGCAGGAAGGCAGGCGUUGGAAGUCCUGUCUUUUGUAAACUACUGAGCUGAUUAAAUCCUCAGUGUUGCUCCUCCUCGCUGACUGACUCUACUGCACCAGUCAACCGGGAAGCCUGGAAGAUAUAUAUGCUACAGUGUGAUUUUAUAGCCCCGCAUUUCUGAAAUAUUACCAUUGGGCUGGGACUGGAGGUAUGCAGGAGGGGGCAUGCUCAUUCCACUAACUAACAACCCUACACAUGUAUAUGUAUGCACUAUUCAGUUACAUAUAACUCCAGGUGGUUAAAAAAAAUUGGUUGUUUACGCGAGCAAAUUCUUCUUGGUUUGCAAGCUAGCAGUUCUCAUGAAUGACGGCUUUGUUACUCGGGCACCUGCACAAUUGAUUUUCACAAGAAAGUGUGAUGCAAUUCAAACCGGAGACAGGUAGCGUUCAAGAAGAUCGUUUGUGGCUGUUUCAUUUAUGCAUCAAACUCCAGCUUUAGCAUGUUUAAUAUUGAUUCUGGUCUUCUUUUCUAACUCUCAUCGGGUCCAUCUCGGAGACUUUUGUCUAAAGCAAAUCUUUCUUUUAUUACUGUAAAAAAAAGAAAAAGAAAAAGGGAAAAAAAAGAAAAAGGGGGACAUGUGACGACAUGUGGAGACCAGAGGGCAAAGUGGGAUCUGAUUGGCUGUCACAUCCAUCCUUCCUUCCUUCCUCCUCUCCGUGUUUUCCCCUUCAGUUGGGACAGUUGUGGUUGAUUUAUGAACUUGUAUUCUUGUCAGCACGCUCCAAAAACACUCCUGCCUCGCUGUUUCUGGUUUGGGUAGACUUUGGAAGAACAAAAAAAUAAAUAAAAUAUUUUUGAGGCGUAGAUGUUGAACAAAGAGGGAUCGGUUUUAGAAAUCGAAACGGCUUGUAGUUGGUGCGAUUCUGAGAAACUUUUUUUUGGGGGGGAAACUUCAUCAGGAGCUGGAUGAUGUAUACGUGCAAGAUGUGGGUAUUUGUGUGCAUGAUGGCUGCCAAUGACAAACACAAGAGGAUGGAAAAAUGGAUGGAUGGAUGGAUGGAUGGAUGGAUGGAUGGACGGACGGAUGCUGGCUCUACACAAUGGCGGAACAAACUGGUUUCCACACGACAUGUUCUGACAGUCCCACCUGCUUCCUAUUAAUUAUAUUCAACAACAAAAACACAAGUUACCCAGUAGUGUAUAGGCUGUCCUCUCUGUGUGACAUAGCUUAGCAUUUGCGUCAUCUCCUCCACAGCCCUCCCUACCUGGGCCUACCUUUCUGUGUUCAGUCCCCACCCCUCCUUCACUUCCCCUCUUUCCACUUUGUCCCCCGCUAUAUCCAAAGUUUUGUACAAAAUGUUUUAAAGUGAAUAAUUCCCUUUUUAUUUUAUAAUCGUAAAUGUUAUGUUUUUAUAAAUAUUAUUUAUUAUACAAUGUAUAUAUCUGUAUGACUGAACUAAGAUUAUAUAUUUGAAGAACAAAA